UACAAAUUUACAAAUCAAACUUUCUGCACUCCAACAUUUGUAGUUGCAACUUUUGAUUUUCUUCACAACAUAUUAUUAACCUAUUGCUAUGGAAGAUACCCACGACCAAACUUUGCAAACACAACCAUGUCACCAGUUUUCCCUUUCAGAGAUUCAGAUAGCCACCCAUGGAUUUGAUGAGGAAUCCGUCGUAGGUCAAGGUGGAUAUGGGAAGGUUUACAAAGGUUCCAUCAAGAUCGGAGAAACAUAUGUCCUUGUAGCCAUGAAACGGUUGCAUUCCAAUUCAAAUCAAGGGGCCAUGGAAUUCUGGGCAGAAGUUGAGAUGCUUUCUAAAUUGAGACAUUGUAACUUAGCUUCUUUGAUUGGUUAUUGUAAAGAUGCAAACGAGAUGAUUCUUGUCUACGAGUAUAUGCCCAAGGGAACACUUGAAGGUUGUCUUCGUAAAGGUGCUACUCCUCUUUCAUGGUUAUUGCGGCUCAAUAUAUGUAUAGGUGCUGCUCGUGGAUUAGAUUACCUCCACACAGGCACCGGAACUAAACAAGUAGUCAUACAUCGUGAUGUGAAGACAUCCAAUAUCUUGUUAGAUGACAAUUACGCUGCAAAAAUCGCAGACUUUGGGUUGGCGAAAGUGGGCCCCACCAAUACUUCUGUUACCACAGGAGUCAAAGGGACAUUCGGGUAUCUAGAUCCAACAUAUUUCCUUACGAAAAAGCUAACAAGUAAAUCUGAUGUUUAUGCUUUUGGUGUUGUACUCUUAGAGGUGUUAUGUGGGAGGCCUGCUGUGGACACAACUCUUAAAGAAGAGCAAUGGGGUCUAGCAAAAUGGGCUCAAGAUCGUAUUGGAAAAGGAAAAUUAUCCAAGAUUAUUGAUUCUAGAUUGAGGAGGCGAAUAUCGAGUAAAUGUUUGAAGGAGUUUGCAAACAUUGCAGUUAGAUGCUUGCAUACUGAUGCAAAUAAACGGCCAACAAUGGCGGAAGUUGUAGCAAAGCUUGAGUUGGCGUUGUCUUUACAAAAAAAGGUGGAUCCUUCUGCUGCAAAAGGUAAACUGCGCAUGAAAGCAUUGUCUUUCUUAAAAGCGGAUGUUCCGAAAUUGAUCAAUUCAAUGACUUCUUAUUUGGCAAUAAGUAAACCUGUUGUGUUAGCGACUUCUAUAGUUGAUGCAGACUAUGAAUCUGGUGGACAUAUGGUUCAUUUCGAUGGUGGGUUUGAGUUAAGUCUAAUCGAGUUGCUUACUGCAUCUGCCAAGAUUCUAAAUGAAAAACCUUACUGUAGAACAUAUGUAGCAUAUCUUUCAGAUGGUUCUCAAGUUGUUGUGAAACGCAUACUGACUCAAUUAAGCCAAAAUAAUUUUGCUACUGCUGUUUCUUCCCUUGGAAAGAUUCGCCACAUGAACGUAUUGGAUGUUAAGGCCUAUUACUGGGGUAGAGGAGAGACAUUGUGUGUCUUUAAAUUUAUGAUUAAUGGGAGUGUUGCGUCUCUCUUAAAAUCUUCCCGGAAUAAGCGUGGAUCUAUAACUCCUUUUGAGUGGCGAAGGCGGUUAAAUAUAAUUAUGGGAAUCACAAGAGGCCUCCUCUACCUUCACACUCAAGAGAAGAUAAUUCAUGGAGACCUUAAGUUGAGCAUGAUAUUGCUCGAUGAGGAUUAUAAUCCAAUGAUUGCUAAUGUUGGUCUCUCACAGCUUAUGCCAGCUACAAGACAAAGGGUUAAAAAAAAUUGUGCACCCGAGUUCAGUGGAUCAGUGAAUGCCACAGAAGAGGUUGAUAUAUAUAGCCUUGGAAUUAUAAUGUUACAACUUUUGUGUAGAGAGUCUGCUAAGAGAAGAAAACGUUCAGUUGAUUUGCCGACCUGGGUGAGGUCAGUAUCAAAAGAAAAUUGGUCUGCUAAAGUGUUUGACGCCAAAUUCAUUCAGGAAACAUGCUUCAACGGCAAUUCAUUGGUGAAGAUAAUGGAAUUAGCUCUGCAGUGUGUUGAGUAUGACCCUAAGGCCAGGCCUACAGCUAAUGAUGUCCUUCGGGCACUGGAACAGAUUGAGGUGUAGAUGAUGAUCUUGCUAGCCAUGGUGGCAAAAGAUAAUUACAAGUAUGUACAUGUGGAUAUUUGUUUCCAAUUGUACUCCUAGGUUAGCAAGAUUGUAUUAUAUUACUGUACCUAUGUAUUAUAUGGAAGAAUACCAAUGAUUAAGUUUUUAAUGAUGAAAAUAA